CACGCGGAAAUAGUUAUGAUCAUUUAAACAUAUAAUUCUCAAGCAGACGGAGUGUCUUAUCGAUACGGAAUCUAUUUAAUUGUUAAACGAUAUACACAUUGGAUAUUUAAUACAACAUGAUUCUAAGCAGCAUUAAUUUUAUCAAAGCCAAUACGAAGCCGAAAUUGGAAACUGACAGCAAAUUUACGGAUUUUAUUAUUGAGAAAAUAAAAGAAGAACAAGACCGACGUGAUGCUGCAAUUGGUGUUGGAACAACUCACUUGUCCAAAAAAGAACAGAAAUCAGCAGCUAGUCAGAAAAAAGCAUCAAUCAAAACAGAUACUAAGGUACCCCCACGUGUACCACCACACAAUGUGACAGACAAUACAGUAGUUUCUAUAGAAACAGGAGACGGUUACUUCAUGGGUUUCCACAACAUGUAUAAACGAAUUGUCCUUUCAGACACAGAAACGCCUAACAAGAAUUGUAUUUUCCAUCAGAAACAAAUCCAUGCUCCAUGUAAAGAUGGAGAGAAAGAAAAGAUAUUGGUAGCUUUUCAUUUAAAUCACGACAAAACAAAAUACAUUUCAGUUGGCACAGAUAAAAGAAUAGAAAUUUCGGCGAGCGAAGCCGAGUUGGAUCCAUCAAAUCCAGAUGAUCGAUUCUUCAUUAUUCAUGAAAUUGAUAACGGAAUGGUUUUUGUUCAGCCUUAUCAUCAUAAAGGGUGCUACUUUCAUCACAUUGACAACAAUCUCACUGUCAGCAAGUUCGAGUUAAAUUAUCGCCCACCGGAGGAGUUCUUCUUCAAAAUCAACAAAAUCAAAAUCUUGGAGACCGAAAUGUCAUCCGCCUCAUCAUUCGGAUCAUCAGUCACGACAGAAGAAGUGACGCAAAGUCACGUGAAAACAAAUCAACAUCAUCAUCUUCACGAGAUUUCAAUUAAAACAUCGGCAUUUUCUAAAAAGUCUCAAAAUGUUACAAAAAGUGAUAGAAAACAAUCUCAUAAACCUAGUUUAUUUCGAGGAUGUUUUGGACUUGUGUCAAAAUCUGAAAAGAUACAGAAAAAGAAGUGUUAACUGUAUUUUCCUGAAACAUGAAUAUACAUAACUUCAUCAUCCGCAUUUAUUUUAAUUUGAAUGGACUUCACCUAAGCUUCCCGAAUGACUAACUGAUGAUGUAAAAACGAAGGGAAAUAUAUAUAUUUGAAGAUGUUGUUUCCCUAGUAUUUGCCGGUUUGUCGCUAUGUUUAGAUCGUCAAAUUCCGAUUUCAUUAAUAGGAGGAAGCAAUUUGACAAAUCUAUGAUGGAGAAACUGUGAACUGAUUUCCGCAUUUAUAACAUACAUCAUUCCACUCGAAGAAACAAACUUUCCCCCAAUCUAGUCAAUUUACUUUAAAGGGUUUAUGAUAUUAACCCUACUGUUCUGAAUAUUAUGAAUGUAUUUAUUUUGUUGUAUGGAUGGUUUCUAUUUUAUUAUUUUAUUUACUGUUCAAGGAAAUCGUUACGUUUAAGAUGGAUUGUGUUUUUUAGAAUACAUCCUGCAUUUUACAGUAAUUUGUGUAACAGAUUGUUUAAGACUAUCUUGUUGAUCUCAAAUAAAUGGAAAAAACUUA